AUGCCACGAGCAUUCCCAUUCCCCGUCAAUAUCGGCACCGACAUCUGCAAGAUCAGUCGCAUUCAGGAUAUUCUAACGAAGCAUCAAUCAAAAUAUGCGCAUCGAUUCAUUCGGAGGGUAUUCACUCCACAGGAGCAAGUUUGGUACCGACCGAGACUUCUGCCGUUGAUUGAAUACCUCUAUUUUAUGGAACGAAGGGAAUUCAUCCAAGGGAAGAUAGAAAAGCAACAGGAAUGGAAGGCGAAAAGCUUAGAGGCUCUGAUAGGACUUGCUGCACCCAAAGAAACGCCCCUGCGGAAAAGCGCUGCCGCUAAUGAUGAACCUGUGGGCUCUGUGAUAUGGUCUCCAUAUACCACACAGGAAAACCCGAAGAAAUUAACGAAAGAAGAAGAGGAAUCGGUUUUAAACCAACUGAGAGAAAAUGUGCAAGGAGUCGCUAGAUUUGUAGCUGGCCGUUUUGCAGCAAAGGAAGCAGCAAAGAAAGCCUUCAGCAAACGACGGUUGAAUUUCCACGACAUCACCAUUGAUAACCCGUCCCUGGACAAUCUCAGAUCAAGAGCGCCAAUUACACUCAUAAGAGCUACAACAGGAUUCGAGGAUCAAAUUGUACCGAUGAGCAUAAGCCAUGACGGAGAUUAUGCGACCGCUGUGUGCAUGUCUUGUGAGGACGUUGCUCCUCCCACUACGCCAGACCUUCAAGAGAUACAACCCAAUUUAGCACGGCUUCUCGAUGAAAUGACGAUUAAACGGUUAUCUUUACAUGAUUCUCAAUCACUCCCGUCUGGAAAAGAACAUCAAUGGACACUUCAAGAUUCAACCUCGAAAGACACUAACCCAGAAAAAUCUCUGGACAGGUUUUCGACUCCGCUUCAGAAGAUACCAACGAAAUUUAUUACUCCCAUCACGGGAAGGUUAUCGGAAAUUAUGAAUUCCACCCCAGGUGGUGGAUCAAAUAUUCCAACUCCUAAAGCCAUGGUGGAUUCGAACAGUUUAGAAGCCUCAAAUCCUGUUCAGCCAGUGGUUCCUUCAUCUCCUGUCAAGGACCCGGAGAUCCAAAUCAAUCUGGAUGUUUCAGAAUUCCCAAAUCCUGUUCAGCCAAUGGUUUCUUCAUCUCCUGCCAAGGACCCGCAGAUCCUAAGUAAUCCGAAUGUUUCAGAAGUCCCAAAUCCUGUUCACUCAAAAGUUUCUUUCCUUUCUAAUCAAAAGCCAACGAUUAGAUACCAUAUGAGUGCGGCAAGUACGUUUAGUUCCAUAAAUGUUGAUCCACAAAAACCCUUCAACAGAAACUCCAAGGGGUUUCAAACCAGAGAUUAUUCUAAAGGUACUCGAUGGAUUGACUACCGACCCAUCGAUAAUCCUCACGAUAGUAAAGGGCUUGCACCGCCGUCUGAUGAUGGAUUCGUUUCUCAGCUCAGAAGUCAGCCAUAUCAGCGGUCCCAAAGGAACAACCACCAACCCCCCCAGGGCCAUCAAACUAUCAGUGGGUUUGCACAGCCAUCUGAAGUUCCUCACUCUGGUAAUUGGAUAUGUAAAUCCGUAGGAUGUGGUUUUGAAAACAGUGUUCAACAUCGCAAGUGUGUGAAAUGUGGCACCAAGCGCCUAGAAGGUUGGGCCAAUUAUGUAGAUGUGGAUAAUAUAUAUAACAUACGGUUAGCACAGAACUCAAACCACACUGGCCUUCCAAUCGACAUUGAUCCGGCAAAGGAGAAGGAGAAGAGAUUAAGGGUGGCAAAUCGCCAGGCGAGGCUAGAAGGACGAGUGGAAAGUACGUAUGGACUACCAUCAUAUUUAGAUCCAAAGAUCAUCAAAAGGAAUGUCGAGAAUUGUCUUCGUGUUGAGGGGGUACCUUUUGGUGCAACAAAUGAGGAACUCGUAGAAGCUUUCGAGGGACGAUGUACAGCCAUGAAAGGGUACGUGAAAAUGUCGAGAGAUGGCCAUAUGGACGGCUGGGUAAUCUUAUCACGAAAGACGGAAGCGAAUAAAUUACGAAAUCUGUCGAAAAAAAGGUCCCAAGAAAUGCCUAUGAUUAGAGGUCGUCGGUUGAGACUGGUAGCAACGGAUGAAUGGCUAAGGGGGAUCUUGAGGGAAUAUGCGUCAGGGAUUCGGACAUGGGAUUGGAGAGCGGAUUUCUGGACGACGGAUGUAUUCCAUCGUUACAAUAGAGAGGAAUGCGAACAACAUGCGCAACGACGGGCAGAUGCAUGGGAAGAGGUCAGAAUGGAGGAACAGCGGGUUAGGGAAUCGACGGAAGCAAGAAAUCUCAAGAAACUGAAAAAGCUUGAGAAGGACUUUGAGACAAAGCCGACGAGGAGUUUGGUGAAGUUAAUGGAUGCUCUUAGGAGCAAGCUUAAUCGAACCAGCAGGGGGAAGAUGGAAAAAAAGUUGAAAGAAAUGAAAGAGAGGAAAGAAAAGGAAGAGGAGGGAGAGGAGAAAGAAGAGGGAGAAGAGAAAGAAAAGGAAGAGGCCAAUAAGGUUACUAAAGUAUCUGGGGUCAAUCAUACGACUAUCCAACGCCAAAGAAAGACUGGAUAUGCACGCUACCUCGUGAAAGUGCAUAUAUACCCAAGCUCCCAAGUAAUUGUGAGAAAAUUUCCAGUCUCGCUGCUGAUGCAUGGUGAUGUUACCUCCUUUGCCGAGCUUGCAUCAGAUCCAAAACUUCCAUGCAUAUGGGCAGCAUAG